CGACGGACGCGGCCAUGAGCGCGGCGCUCUUCAGCCUGGACGGCGCCGCCGAGCCCGCGGCCUGGCUCGAGCCGGGCGGCCGCGCGGGCAAGGGGCUGGGCCCGGAGCCCGCGGGCGCCGUGGACGAGUUCGAGAGCGCCGUGGACCUGAGCGCCUACAUCGACGCCAUGGCGGGCGUGCCCACGCUGGAGCUGUGCCACGACGAGCUCUUCGCCGACCUGUUCCACAGCAGCCAGCGCGAGCCGCGGCCGCUCAAGCCCGAGCCCGACUGGGGCGGCCCCGACGGCGACGGCCACGGCGACGCGGCCGGGCCGGGCUCGCUGCUGCCCGCGCAGGUGGCGGCGUGCGCGCAGACCGUGGUGAGCCUGGCGGCCGCCGCCGCGCAGCCCACGCCGCCCGCCUCGCCCGCGCCGCCCCGCGCCAGCCCCGCGCCCGGCCCGGCCCCGGCCCCGGCCCCGGCCCCGGCCCGCGAGCGCGCGGCGGCGGGCAAGCGCGGGCCGGAGCGCGGCAGCCCCGAGUACCGGCAGCGGCGCGAGCGCAACAACCUGGCGGUGCGCAAGAGCCGCGACAAGGCCAAGCGGCGCCACCAGGAGAUGCAGCGGCGGCUGGUGGAGCUGGCGGCCGAGAACGAAGCGCUGCAGCGGCGCGUCGAGCAGCUCACGCGGGACCUGGCCGGCCUCCGGCGCUUCUUCGAGCGGCUGCCCGGCGCCCCCGAGCGGCGUUAUUGGGGCGGCGGCGGCUCUCGUGCCGGCCCGGCGAGCGAGAGAGAGUGUGCCGACCCGCCCUGCCUCCGCGCCGGCACGGACGGAGGGACCCGCCUCGCGGCUGCGUUUUUUUACCGAUUCCUAACUCCCGUGUUUGUAAGAAUAAAGCAGCAUUUAAGCCACCCGUGCCCGUGUCUGUCGUGGCGCGUCCGGAGGGCGCUCCGACCUGGGGGCGGCCCCGAGAAGCCCGCGCCGCCCGGCGAGCUCGGCUCCUGGGGGGAAGCGCACGGACUCGGCGGGGGUGCGGGUCGCGGAGGGCCCCCGAGCCAGCCGGAGCCGGAGCCGGGGUGGGGGAAGGAGGUCAGCCGAGGUCCCCCAAAGCGCGUCCGAUUCCCUCCCGGACUUUGCUUUCGCUUUCUGGCGUCUUUGGACAACUUCGGUGUUCCCCACGACAACGGAGCAAAAUCCGUCCCAAAGUUUCCCCAAACCGGAUUAUUUUGCUGGUAA